AUGGCCAAACUGUUGCAAGCUCCACCCAAGUUCCUCCCCCCAGAGUGGCAUAUUGCAAACAAGACACAGUAUGCCAGUGCGGAGAGUCAGAGAUCCAGGUCAGAGCGACUUGUAGCUGAGAGCCAGAGGCUGGUGGAUGAAAUCGAAAAAACAACUCAGAAAACCCAAAGUGACGUUAACAAGAAAAUAGAACAGAGACUUGAUGAAAUAAAAUUCUGGAAGCAAGAAUUAGACGACAAACUAGAACAGAUUGUUAAUGAGACAGAGGUGCUGUUGACUUUUAAGACAAGGCUAGAGAAAGCAUUGGAGAGCUGUGAAGAGCCACUAUUCAUCGCUCAAGAGUGUCUCUUGAACAGGCAGAGGCGAGUUGGGAUUGACUUGGUCCAUGACGAAGUGGAGCGGGAACUGAUAAAGGAAGUUGAAGUGCUCCAAGGGGUUAUGGCUUUGCUUGAGCGCACACUGGAACAAACCAAUGAGCAAAUUAGGUUAAACCGUUCAGCUAAAUACAAUCUGGAGAUGGAUCUGAAAGACAAGUUCACCGCCUUGACAAUUGAUAACUAUUGUUCCAACUUGACAAACAAUACACCUGAUAUAAGAUAUGCCAGAAAUGUAGUGAAGGUUGAAGGAAACUCUGUGAGCCCUGAAGACUGGGUAGAUUUCUCGAAUGUAAAUGUUGAAAAGGCCGACAAGCAGAGGAACAACUCUUUGGCGCUCAGGGCCUUGAUUGACCGAAUCUUAUCCCAGACAGCAAGUGACAUGCGCAAGCAGUGCGAGACGGUGAACGUUGCUUUUAAGAACCGGGUGAAGGAGACAAAAGAUGCAAAGAACAAACUGGAGAUCCACCUUGCUAAGGUGAUGGAUGAGAUUACGUCCCAGGAAAAGAACAUUGCGGCCUUAAAGAAAGCUAUCAUCGAUAAGGAAGGACCUGCGAAGGUGGCUCACACUCGUUUGGAGACGAGGACCCAUCGUCCCAACGUGGAGCUGUGUCGUGAUAUGGUGCAAUACCGGCUGAUCAAUGAGGUUCAGGAGAUCACAAACAAUAUUCAGAGACUAAAGGACACGUUGGCACAAGCUGAGGUGGAGCUGAAAGGUCUGAGCCGACGACAGCUUUCACUGGAGGAGGAGAUCCAGGUGAAGGAGAACACCCUGUACAUCGACGAAGUGCUGUGCAUGCAGAUGAGGGAGUCCAUUUCCAUUAACAACUUCUGA